AAGAAAAAAGGGGAAAAAAAAGAAAAAAAAAAAUCCUGUGGCGCGCCGCCUGGUUCCCGGGAAGACUCGCCAGCACCAGGGGGUGGGGGAGUGCGAGCUGAAAGCUGCUGGAGAGUGAGCAGCCCUAGCAGGGAUGGACAUGAUGCUGUUGGUGCAGGGUGCUUGUUGCUCGAACCAGUGGCUGGCGGCGGUGCUCCUCAGCCUGUGCUGCCUGCUACCCUCCUGCCUCCCGGCUGGACAGAGUGUGGACUUCCCCUGGGCGGCCGUGGACAACAUGAUGGUCAGAAAAGGGGACACGGCGGUGCUUAGGUGUUAUUUGGAAGAUGGAGCUUCAAAGGGUGCCUGGCUGAACCGGUCAAGUAUUAUUUUUGCGGGAGGCGAUAAGUGGUCAGUGGAUCCUCGAGUUUCAAUUUCAACAUUGAAUAAAAGGGACUACAGCCUCCAGAUACAGAAUGUAGAUGUGACAGACGAUGGCCCAUACACGUGUUCUGUUCAGACUCAACAUACACCGAGAACAAUGCAGGUGCAUCUAACUGUGCAAGUUCCUCCGAAGAUAUAUGACAUCUCAAGUGAUAUGACCAUCAAUGAAGGAACCAAUGUCACCCUGACUUGCUUGGCCACUGGAAAACCAGAGCCUUCCAUUUCUUGGCGGCACAUCUCCCCAUCAGCAAAACCAUUUGAAAAUGGACAAUAUUUGGACAUUUAUGGAAUUACAAGGGACCAGGCCGGAGAAUAUGAAUGCAGUGCAGAAAACGAUGUGUCAUUCCCAGACGUGAAAAAAGUAAAAGUUGUCGUAAACUUUGCUCCUACAAUUCAGGAAAUUAAAUCUGGCACCGUGGCCCCAGGACGCAGUGGAUUGAUAAGAUGCGAAGGUGCAGGUGUGCCGCCUCCGGCCUUUGAAUGGUACAAAGGAGAGAAGAAGCUUUUCAAUGGCCAACAAGGAAUCAUUAUUCAAAACUUUAGCACAAGAUCCAUUCUCACUGUUACCAACGUGACACAGGAGCACUUCGGCAACUAUACUUGUGUGGCUGCCAACAAGCUGGGCACAACCAAUGCGAGCCUGCCUCUCAACCCUCCAAGUACAGCCCAGUAUGGAAUUACCGGGAGCGCUGACGUUCUUUUCUCCUGCUGGUACCUUGUGUUGACACUCUCCUCUUUCACCAGCAUAUUCUACCUGAAGAAUGCCAUUCUACAAUAAAUUUAAAGACCCAUAAAAGGCUUUUAAGGAUUCUCUGAAAGUGCUGAUGGCUGGAUCCAAUCUGGUACAGUUUGUUAAAAGCAGCGUGGGAUAUAAUCAGCAGUGCUUACAUGGGGAUGAUCGCCUUCUGUAGAAUUGCUCAUUAUGUAAAUACUUUAAUUCUACUCUUUUUUUGAUUAGCUACAUUACCUUGUGAAGCAGUACACAUUGUCCUUUUUUUAAGAUGUGAAAGCUCUGAAAUUACUUUUAGAGGAUAUUAAUUGUGAUUUCAUGUUUGUAAUCUACAACUUUUCAAAAGCAUUCAGUCAUGGUCUGCUAGGUUGCAGGCUGUAGUUUACAAAAACGAAUAUUGCAGUGAAUAUGUGAUUCUUUAAGGCUGCAAUACAAGCAUUCAUUUCCCUGUUUCAAUAGGAGUCAAUCCACAUUUACAAAGAUGCAUUUUUUCUUUUUUGAUAAAAAAGCAAAUAAUAUUGCCUUCAGAUCAUUUCUUCAAAAUAUAACUAACACAUAUCUAGAUUUUUCUGCUCGCAUGAUAUUCAGGUUUCAGGAAUGAGCCUUGUAAUAUAACUGGCUGUGCAGCUCUGCUUCUCUUCCCUGUAAGUUCAGCAUGGGUGUGCCUUCAUAUAAAAUAAUAAUUUUUCUCUUCAUCUCCGACUAAUAAAAUGUUUUGCCAAAUCCUACAAUUUGAAAGCAAAAUAAACCACAAGAUAAAGUCGGACUAUAUCCUAUCUCUCAAGAACGAAGGAGCUGUUAGACUCUAAAAAUCUCAUCCCUCCUUACCUGUGUGGUAUGAGGAUUUUGCCCCAUAUAAACUCAGUUGUGUAAUGAAAAUAAUGCAAUUAAUAUAGUGCAGGUAAAUUUAUUACAAUAUGUAUUCUUGUAGUUGUAGUUGAAUGUUGGAUCCUCUUUGGGAAAUAAUUCCCUUCUAAAUGACAGCACAGUCCAUCCGAAAAAUUGCCUAACAAUACAACAUCCUUUCCUUUCACUAUUCCAAGCCAAAAUUUUUAAGAUGGCUUGUCUGAAAGAACACAAAGUCUGAUCACCUAAGAUUACAUGAGUUGGUGAGCACACCAGAUUCGUUUGGCUCUGAGGCAGGUAAGUGGAUAUGAUAGAUACAGUGCUCCUGCAGACAGGAGCAUUUCACAUAUCUUCCACCUGAAAACAUCACUCACUUGAUAGUUGGGAAUGAAUGUUGUAUAAAAGAAAAUUUUCCAAGAUACAUUGUAUCACAUAUUCUGUGCUGGCAUGCAGCAGAUCAAUCCCUGAAAUAACUAAUUCUGUAAUAAAAUCUUUCUCUGGAGCCAUGUCAGUUCAAACAAGCAAGGCCAAAAAACAAACCAUACCACCAAAAUUACCAUGCUUUUUUUCUUCUUACAUGAUAUUUGUAAGAUGUGAUCUAAUGAAGACAAGACACCAGUGAUUAGAAUAUCUUAAGAUUAUAUUAAUUAUUAAAUUAUCAUGGAUAUUUGUUUCUAUCAUAAAGAAUGAAAACUACAUUUUUAAAUGAAAAUAGUGUUACUCUAAAGUAUUAUGUUAGAAGAGUAUUUUGAUGGUUUUACUCUUUACUAAAGAAAGACCUUAGUCUUGAAAGCCAUUUUCCAAGUUUGACGAAAUUACCAGUUUCACUGCAGAGACAGUUUUCCACAAAUAGUUCCCUUCUGCAAGUCAUACUAAUCACAAAAAAGCUACUAAUAAAGUUAGAUACAAGAUAUUUCAUGGCGGGUGUAUAUCCUUAAGAUAUCUAAUAUUUUGCCCCGAAAGAAAUGGCUUGAAAAUCAUCAAUUUUUUUCAAGUAAAGCUUAACUCUGAAGUACACCAUAAAUCUAUUUUAAUUACAAAAAAGCAAAUCCUAAAUGAGGAGACAUAAAUAUACAGUGUUUCCACAAAAUGGCAAUAAUAUGGCAUAACGCUAUUAAAUUUACUCACUAUAAUAAUUCAUUAUAUUAUUUUGACUGAUGUAUUAAAAACUUUUUUAACACAUAUGACAUUUUAAUUU